CCGUUGAGCGAGAACUCCGCGGGAAUACUCUCGGCCACUGUACGUGUGGGUAUUUAUGUCGACAGCACCGCAUUCGAAUGAACCGCGCGCCGAAUUCCACUUCGUAUCGCGCGUCUGAGAUUCUCCGUGUAUCCGGACGGGUUAGUUUCUCGUUUCAUUCGGCGCUCUCUGUCUCUUUCUCUCUCUCUCUCUCUCUCUCUCUGUCUAACGUUUUCCAGGAACUCGGUCAACAUCAGCGGUGUCGAUUCGACGUUGGUUUGCGCUCGGCAUUGCAAAUCCGACGCGUUGGAGUGAGCGUUCGUUUGCAUUCGAGUGAACGAGAGAGGAGAAUGAGACAGAAGGGUAGGAAGAGUGUACACUCCGACGCCUCGGAUUUGCAGUGCCGAGUCAACUUCUCGCCGGGACUGCGCCGGGAGAAUCGCGUUUUGGAACAUGGCGGGCGUGGAAUCGCGCUCGGACGCGUCCCGCGUCUCUCGCGGUCGUUAUCGUCUAAAAGUGGGCUCUUAUUUCUACGCGCGCCGUGCUCGUCGCGCGGGUGCCUUGGUCGCGAUCGUACGCGCGUUAGUUAGGCGGCGAGAAGUUAUCCGGGAUCGCGGAUCUCUUCAGAGGGAAGAACGCGAGGAAUGGAGAGAAGCGGAGAGUCGGCGCCAAAGGAGACGGAAAUUCAUAAUUCGUAUCGCGUUGCCGGCAGGAAUUGUCAACGCCAUUUUGUUCUCCGUCGAUAAGUACGACUUGUCGGUAAGUGACCCCACCAUUUUCUAUCAGCACUGCUGUCCGCGGUAGUCGCCGCUAGAUGGCAGCACUAUGCAUUUGCAAGGCCCUCCCGCUGUACCGCGGUUUCGACAGUGUCACACAUAAAUGAGAGCGGUCUUGCGACUGCACAAAAAAAAAAGAUAACAAACCUUGGCGUGUUAAGAAAGAAAGAAAAUUAUUGUCUAAUCGCAGGGUAUAUUAAAUAGGACUGUACACUUCAAAAAAAUUGAUAAAGGAUGACAGCGCUUAUCUUCGUACUUUUUAUGUUAAACUGUAAUCAUACAAAAAUGUAUACGAUU